UGAUUGCAAUGUUCUGUAUUAUAACUGAUAAGUAUAAUAUACAUUUUUAAUUUCAAGUCGGUGAAAUGAUUCCUUGAUAUAUAUAAUUUGCCAUAUUAUAAAUGUUUCAUGAAGUACAUUAAAGACACAGUUAUAAAAGAAUAAUAUAAAUAAUAUGAUUACAUAAUUCACUAACUAUAAAAAGUCAUGGAAUUUGUUAAUGACAUUGAUUUAUUAAUACUAAUGAUUUACGGGUUUCGAUAUCAUACUAAUAUUUAUAUGGGUGAUUAUUGAAUAAUAAUAAAGCUAGGUGUUACUGAUUAUGGUAAAACAAAAUUACUUUUAAAGUGUAAAUAGAUCUUUUAUAAAUGAGUUUUUGUAUCAAUGUUACAAUGGCAAUAUAUUAUAGACGAAUGAUGCUUAAUGUGUCACGCCUGGUGGGAAGGCAUAUAAAAUUAAAUAAUAAUUUAAAAACUAAUAUACCGAUAGUUUCUUAUGGUCUACCUGUCAAUAACUUCAAAUUUCAAUAUUUAUAUGAAUCAAGUAAUAGAAGUUAUAAUAACAAUAAUAAAAAUGAUAAUACAACUUAUUACUAUUUUCUUUUAAGUAGUCUAUUUGGUUUUUUUAAUUUUAAAGAAGAAGAUGGAGAAGAAAUUUCAGAACUUAUUAUAACAAUUAAACGAUCAAUAUUAUCAAUACAGAGAAACGAAUUUAAAAAAGCAGAACAGAUGUUACAUGUUGCUUUGAGACAAGCUCAGGCUUUACAGAAUCAGAAUGCUAUUACUUACAUUUAUGAUUUGAUGGCUAAUCUUGCAUUUGAGACUAAACAGUUAAAGAAAGCAGAAACUUUAUUUCUGUUGGUUUUAGAAAGAUUAUUAUCCAAUGGCGUGACAGAAAAUGAUUUGAAAGUCAUACAUAUUAGUUUAAAAUUAGCAAAUAUAUAUGAGCAAACAGGAGAUAUGGAAAAAGCGGAGACUGGUUAUAAAUACUGUUUGGAAAAUGUACAAAUUUAUGUAGAUAAUAAUCCUAAAGAUGAAAAUGUAUUAAUAUUAUUGGCUAUGAUUUAUGAUUGGUAUGCACAAAUGCUUCUUUCUCAAGCAAGAUAUGCAGAUGCUUUUAAAUACUUUGAACAAUCUUAUAACUUAUGUGUUAAAGUAAAUGGUAGAGAACACGAGCAAACAGUGAAUCUACUUAAUUAUUUAGGCACUGUAAGUUACAAGAUGGAAGAAUAUGAUAAAGCAAUUGAAUAUUUAACUACUGCUACACAAAUAGGAAGAUCUUUGCCAGAUAUGACUCAUAUAGCUUCAGUUCAUAUUAAUUUAGGGAAUGUUUAUUUAAAAAAAGGUUUAUAUCUUAAUGCAAAGAAAGCUUGCUACGAAGGUCAAAGAAUAGCUAAAAAUAAAGAGGAUGAAGAAUCUCUAGUAGAAGCUAAUAAAUGUCUUGAUGACAUAAAGAAAUUAUUAUAAUCAUAAUUAAUAUUACUUUAAAAGGAGUUAAUGUUAUAUUAUAAAAAUUAUAUAAAAUUUAUAAAAGGAUGAUAUAAAAAAACGAUAAAAAUAAUAAAAAGUAGGAACAACUAUUAUUUUUAUCCAAGAGAACUUUAAUUCUAUUAAUAUUAGAUUAAAUGUUCUAUUCUAUUUUUGUAACUGUAAUAUUUAUUACAUUUACUUUUAAUCAUUAUAUAAUAUAAUCCAAAAUGUAUGUGAGAGAAAGUAACGUUUGAAUAUCUUAAUUAUUCUUCGAUCAUAAAAAUAUAACAGAAGUUAAAGUAAAAUAUUUUUCUACUUUACAAUUUUAAUUCCUAUUAUUUGCGUACGUUUAAAUACAAUAUAUCGCAAAGAAAUUUUGUUAAUUUCUUAUAUAAUAUUUAAAAGUAUCUAUAUCUAAUUAAAUAUUUGAGGUACAAUUUUUAAUCUAACAAUUCUACAAAUUUGUCAAUAUUACUUAAUCUACCAAUGUAAUUGAAUAAUAUAUAAAAGUAUCUGAAUACGCUUCGUACAAUUAAUUCUUCAUUUCGUUUAUUGCAUGCAACUCGGGAGAUACAUAAUUUAUUUGUAAGGAUUGCAAAUGAUAAAAUGACGGAAUGAAAAAUUUCAAUAAAAAAUGUUAAUUAUAAUACGUUACACAGAGGUCUAUUUUUAAAUACAAUAUAUUACAGAGAAACACACAAUUAUAAUUUAUUGUUAUUAAUAUUAUAUCUAUCAUAUUAUAGUUAUCUUAAAAGUAUUUCUAUUAUUAAUAUUAUUAUUAUUAUUAUUAUCAGUAUUAAUAUUAUUAUUACUAUUAUUAUUAAUAUUAUUUUUUAUUAUUAUUAUUGUUUCUGUAGUUGUUAACAUAUGCCGACCUUAAUGAAUUGAAUAUGUAAGGUAGCACGAAAAAUAUGUAACGGGAGACUAAUGUUGCUGCAUUUUUAUAAGAACAGCUUCAUCAUCAAUUAUUAUAUUAAUCUCCAGUACCUGUGCAACAGUAACUGUGAUAUCGGUAAUAAAUAGUUAACAUAGGGAUAAAUAUUACGCUACCGCGGCAGUGUGCUUCCUGGAUUUUGGGUAAGGGGCUUUUAUCCUCUAAUUAUCAGGACUAUAUCAACUAAUAUUCUACAGAUAGACCCCUUUCCACUAACCCAAAUUGUUGUAUUAUCUACUUACUGAAAAUCGUAUCAAUAAGCAGCAUGUAUAUGUAAAAUUAUUGUUUUUGAUAAAAGGUGGUGACAUGUUGAAUUUAUUUUAUAACA